AUGAACACAUCACUGCCAACAGAGCAGCCUCCUGCACUGACAACAGACUCAGUAUUCGUCAAGGAGCUUGAGUCAAAACUGCGCCAAUCACUCGAAUUGAGAAUUCAGAACAUUCCCGAGCCUCCAGGCUACAUUGCAGGGGAGACCGCCAAAACAGCCGUUCUCUUCUCCGGCGGUUUAGACUGCACACUUCUCGCCAGACUCUCUCACGACAUUCUCCCCCUCGACGAACCAAUCGAUCUCCUCAACGUAGCAUUCGAAAAUCCCCGAGUAGCAGCAGCCGCAAAAGCCAAUCAACAAAAAUCCCCCUCCUCCUCAUCACCACCCCUCUCAAUAUACGAAAACUGUCCAGACCGGAUAACCGGCCGGUCCGCUCACAUCGAGCUCCAAGCAACCUGUCCAGGCCGCACAUGGCGCUUCAUCGCCAUCGACAUCCCGUACACAGAAACACUCGCACACAGAGACCAAGUCAAGCGCCUGAUGAGACCCCAUAACACCGAAAUGGACAUCUCAAUCGCAUGCGCCUUGUACUUCGCAUCCCGCGGCCAAGGCACAGCACAAACAAACCCCUCAGCCCAACUCCCAAGCCCAGAUACUCCUCCAUCACCCCUCUACACGACCACCUCCCGCGUCCUCCUCUCCGGCCUGGGUGCCGACGAGCUCUUCGCCGGCUACGGCCGACACGGCGUCGCCUUCAACCGCGGCGGAUUCAAAAACCUAAUUGCCGAGAUCGACCUCGAUGUUAGUCGGCUCGGUUCGCGCAAUCUCGGCCGGGACGACCGAGUCCUCUCCCACUGGGGCCGCGAGACGCGGUUCCCAUUCCUGGACGAGGAAUUCGUGGCUUGGGUGCUGCGGGCUCCUGUGUGGGAGAAGUGCGGGUUCGGGCUUCCAGAGAUCGAAGCUACAGCCGGUAUUGAUUCUGAGAAGUUAGCGCUGCGACUUGUUGCUCUGCGGCUGGGUUUGGUGAAGGUUUCUCGUGAGAAGAAGAGGGCUAUUCAAUUUGGCGCGAGGACGGCUAAGAUGGAGACGGGGAGGUCGAGGGGUACGGAUGCUUUGAGCUGA